UCGAAUUAACGUUGAUUUUUUGUUUUGUUUGGUGUUGAGAUUCAUUAACUUUCGCCACCAUGGCGGCCGAAUUCCUCGCCGAGAACAAUGUCUGCGGCCAGACGAUUUUGCAGAUAGUGGCCGAGGGAAACACCAUCAUCUGCGAGCUGCUGCGGUUGAAGGAGUUUAUUCCGGAGGUGUUUUGCUUGAAAACUAAAGAGGAGCAGCAAAAGUAUGGCGAAAUCAUUAUGGACUUUAGCUACUUUCAAAUCUCGGACGCGCAGGAGGCCCGCAUCGAGGCCGACGAGAAGCUGCAAGCGCUGGACGAGGAAAUCCGCGAGAAUUACCUGGUGAUACUGAACCGGUUCUACAUUGUGUUUGAAAGCAUCCACAAGUACAUCAAGGAGCUGAACACGUUUCUGGACGAGCUCAACGGUGGGAUGUUUAUCCAGCAGUCGAUGGAGAAGGUGUUCCAGGACGAGGAGGGCAAGCAGCUGAUGUGCGAAGCCCUGUACCUGUACGGCGUCAUGCUGCUCGUGGUGGACCUCCAGAUCCCAGGCCUAGUCCGAGAGCGACUUCUCGUGGCCUACAAUCGGUACAGCGCGCUCAAGACCGACGGCGACAGCAACAUCGACGAGGUGUGCAAGCUGCUCCGUUCGACGGGGUACAACGACGGAAGUACCUCUUCGUCAGCCCUGUCGUCGUUCGCAGCCGCCAAGAAGACUCAAAACUAUCCGGAGGACUACUUUGGCCGGGUGCCGGUGAACCCGGUGUACGUGGAGAUGGUGAUUGGCCGACUGAGGUCGGACGACGUGUACAAUCAGAUUUCGGUUUAUCCGCUGCCGGAACAUCGGUCCACGGCGCUGGCCAACCAGGCUGGGAUGCUGUAUGUGUGUCUGUUCUUUGCGACCAACAUGCUGCACAAUCAGGCCUCGCGGAUGCGCGAGAUUGUGGACAAGUUUUUCUCGGACAAUUGGAUCGUUUCGUUUUACAUGGGAAUCACGGUGAACUUGCUGAACGCUUGGGAUCCGUUUAAGGCGGCCAAAUCUGCGAUGUUGAACACGUUCGACAGUGGGAAUUUGAAGGAGAUUUGCAGCAAGCAGAAGCGAUCUAUGGAAACGUUGUUGAAUCGUACGAGGAGUAUUUUGAAGGAGGGCAACCUCACCGAGCAGAAGUUGCUGGAUAACAUUCCGAAGGUGACGGCGUUGAUCCGCGAGUGCAACAUUACGGUCCGCUGGGUGAUGCUGCACACGGGGCAGCCCGUGAUUGAUGUGGGCAGUGCGGCUUCGUUGAAGAAGUGUCGCCAGGUGAAGGAGCUUAUUGAGAGUGAUAUCGAUUUUAAAGGGAUCGAGUUCUUUGAGUUGCUGUUGAACACGGCUCAGUUGGAGGUGAAGAUUAGGGAGAUCUUGAAGAGGCUGCUGGACGAGAGGCAGGAAAGGUGGGAUAGCUUUAAAAAGGAAGCAUGUGAGCGGGUUCAGGACCUGGCGGAUGCUUACUCUGGGGAGAAGCCUUUCGGGAAGAUGAAAAAGAAUGAUAGUUUGAGCAAGUGGUUCUUGAAUAUUGGCCGGGAGAUUACUAAACUUAGUAAUGAGGACAAGGAGCUGAGUGUUUCAGGUAGAAAUAUAAUUCAGUUGAUUCAAGCUUUGGAGGAGGUUCAGGACUUUCACGAUCUUAGCAAAAACAUGCAAGUGAAGCAGAACAUGGUCGAGACGCGGCAAUAUCUUCAACAGAUGUUCCACACAAUCAGCAUCAAGGAGGAUGACCUGAUCAAUCUGCAACUGAUUGGAGAUUUCAGCUAUGCCUGGCGACUGAUCGACAGCUAUACUCCAAUGAUGCAAGAGAAUAUCAAAAAGCAGCCCAGUUUGGUGAUCAAGUUGCGUUCGACCUUUCUCAAACUAGCCUCAGCGCUGGAAAUCCCCCUUCUCCGAUUGAAUCAAGCCGAAAGCGAAGAUUUGAUGGACGUUUCCAAGUACUACAGCAACGAGCUCGCAAAUUUCGUCCGCAAGGUCGUUCAAAUCAUCCCGGAAACGAUGUUCACCAUCCUGGCCCAAAUCAUCGACCUUCAAACCAACGUAAUCAAGCAAAUCCCGAUGCGACUGGAGAAGGAAAAGCUCAAAGAGUACGCCCAGCUCGACGAACGAUUCACGAUAGCAAAGCUAACCUACUCCGUGUCAACGUUCACCGAGGGAAUCCUCGCCAUGAAAACGACCCUCGUCGGCGUGGUCGCCCUCGAUCCCAAACAACUGCUCGAAGACGGCAUCCGGAAGGAGUUUGUGAAGAACGUUUCCGACGCGUUCCACACGAAUCUCACGUUCAACGCCAAAGCCAAAGAGUCCGAACUGGAGGCGAAACUCACCGCGCUGCACAAAAUCAUCGACGGGUACAAGCGCUCGUUCGAGUACGUCCAGGACUACCUGAACAUUCACUGCUUGCGCAUCUGGAACGAGGAGAUGCAGCGCAUCAUCAACUACAACGUCCAGCGGGAGUGCAAUCCGUUCGUGAAGAGCAAGAUUCUCGACUGGGAGUCGGAGUUCCAGAGCAGCACCAUUCCGAUUCCGAGCUACGAACCGUUGGACAUGGCUUCGGUUACGUUCGUGGGACGGUUGGCGCGCGAGAUAAUGCGCAUUACGGAUCCGAAAACCACCAUCUACGUGGACAUCUGCACGACCUGGUACGACCCCAAGUCCCACAAACCGCUCCUCACAAACAAAUUCGCCGCGCGCGUCAACGAAACCUUCGGCCCACCCGGCCUAGUCGGACUCGACAAACUCUACUCCUUCCUUGUAACCGCCGAGCUGGAAAACUUCCUCGUCACCAUCGCCCGCAAGCUCCAGCACGAACCGACCUGGUACGACGCGCUGGACAACGUCGAGUCCGAGCUGCAAAAGGUCGACUACGUGGAUCUGCCCGGCAAAACGUACGCCAAUCUGACGACCACCUUCACCCGAAUUUGGCCCCAGCUGCAGGACUGGAUCCUGAAGAUCGGCCAGAAGCAAAUCCUUCGAACGCACGUCGCGUUCGAGCUCAACUGCAGCUGCAAGCUAAAGUCCACCAAGCUGGAGUCAUCGCUGCGGGCCCUGAACGACGCCAUUCUGAUGGACGUCAAACGACACACACUAAACGAAAGCAAACCACUCCCAAGCGCCGACCUCGUAUUCGAGCUGAACCGCUAUCUGGAGUGCGCCGGCCUGUACAACCCUUACCGCAAGAAGUACAUCGAAACCAAAAGUCCGCGCUUUUUGUCCCUGCUCGUGUUCCUGUUUGUGAUUGUCCACCUGCCUCGCUUCCAAUACAUGAAGAACGUCGACAGCUUGAUCGCCAAAAAGAAGAACGACCCAAUCGAUGGCUUUCCCGUGGUCGUCGGUCUACUGACCGUCUUCCGGCAGUUCCAUAACGCCCACAUGGACACAUUCCUCGUGUACAUCUGCCAGUACGUCAUGUCGUUUGUGGAUGCAAAUUUAAAAGCGAAGCAGGAAAUUUGCGCGGAAGCGGUGCUGGCGCUGCGAUUUCUGGAGAUUUUUACCCGCGUGGCGGAGCUACCGCGCGCCCUGCUCGAGCAGUACAUCCCGGACAACGUGUUGAACCAGUACGAGUUUCUGUCCGGCGGCAAGUCCUGACCGGUGAAGGAGUGGUGGUGCCUUGGGAAUUGAAGGGUGUUUAUUUCAUAUCUAUAAAUGAUAGUUGUUCGGAGUCUUUAUAAAAGUGAUUGAAAUUUUAUUUGUAAGCAAUACGAAUGAUCAUAUAAAUUUCACGUUUUCAA